UCCGCGGCCCAUCUUAUUUAACAAACGAGCCCUAAAAUAAAGCUUGCAGAUGAGUCGAUUGGGCCGCUCGUGGCUUUCGUACGGCAGCCCAUGAGCAGUUAUGUGGAUUCCGCCAAUCACCAUCCAUACAUGCCGGUGACCGUUGAAGUGGAAGAGAGGUGUGAAUAUGCAAUGAGAAGCCACUGCCUCUGUUUCAAAAGCUUUCUCAACUCAGCUCACAAGCAUUCCUUGAAGUUCUCUACUUCGGCAUCUUCUCUUAUUCUUCAAUCACAAAACCCAUAUCUCCCAACCCUCGAAGUUCCAGACAGAAGGCGCGAACUCGAGAGACUGUUACUGUCACCCCCUCAAAAUCAUGACCCCGUCGCCUCCUACAAGCAAGUCCACGCCCAAGUUGUUGUUUCCGGAUUUGAAGCCUUUUCUUUUUUUGGCAAUAUUCUCAUCAACGGGUAUUCAAAGGCUGCUUGUUUGCGGGAGGCACGUAAAUUGUUUGAUAAAAUGCCUAUCCGAAAUUUGGUUUCUUGGUCUUCAGUGAUUUCGAUGUAUGCAAAACAUGGUUUUGGUGAGGAGGCUUUACUGGUUUUUCUUGAAUUCUUGAAAUGCUAUGAUGAGACUCCCAAUGAAUAUAUCCUAGCCAGCGUAAUUCGUGCCUGUGCGCAACUGGGUGGUGGUGGUAGUGAAGGUGGACAAUUGCAUGGCUACGUUGUUAAAAGUGGUUUUGAACAAGAAGUCUACGUGGGCACCACUUUAGUUGAUUAUUACGCUAAAAUUGGCAGUACAGAUGAAGCAAGGAUGGUUUUCGAUAGCUUGUCUGUGAAAACUACCGUUACGUGGACUACAAUUAUUACGUCAUAUGUGAAAGGUGGUAACGGCGAAGUCUCGUUGAAGUUGUUUAACCAAAUGAGGGAAAAUAAUGUUGUCCCUGACAAAUAUGUACUGUCCAGUGCCUUGAGUGCGUGCUCCAUGCUUCGAUUUAUUGAAGGUGGCAAGCAAGUUCAUGCUCAUGUGUUGAGGAGAGGAGGAGAAAUGGAUCUUUCAGUUACUAAUGUGCUACUAGAUUUUUACACAAAGUGUGGCAGAGUAAAAACUGCGAGAAAACUAUUUGAUCAGAUGGCUGUACGAAAUGCAAUUUCAUGGACUACAAUGAUAGCCGGGUAUAUGCAGAAUUCCCUUAAUAGGAAAGCAAUGAAGCUUCUUGCUGAGAUGACAUGUCUGGGUUGGAAACCUGAUGGCUUUGCUUGCACCAGUGUUCUUACAUCAUGCGGCUCACUUGAGGCUUUAGAACAGGGAAAGCAAGUGCAUGCUUAUACCAUAAAGGUCAAUCUUGAGUAUGAUGAUUUUGUGAAAAAUGGUUUGAUCGACAUGUACUCAAAAUGCAAUUCCUUGACUGAUGCAAGAAGAGUUUUCGAUGUUAUGGAUGACCACAAUGUGAUAUCUUACAAUGCAAUGAUUGAAGGGUACUCCAGACUGGAGAAGUUGCCUGAAGCAUUGGAACUGUUCUAUGAAAUGAGGCUUAGGUUGUUCCCACCAGGCCUUUUGACAUUUGUUAGCCUUCUCGGUGUAUCUGCUGCAUUAUCAGUCUUGGAAUUGAGUCGGCAGAUUCAUGCUCUGAUCAUCAAAUUUGGGGUUUCUUUUGAUAUAUUUGCUGGCAGUGCUCUGAUAGAUGUUUAUUCCAAGUGUUCACGUAUUAAAGACGCAAGGCUCAUAUUUGAGGAGAUGAAUGACAAAGAUAUUGUAGUGUGGAAUGCAAUGUUUUCUGGCUAUGUUCAACAGUUAGAAAGUGAGGAGGCUCUUAAACUCUACUCAAAGUUACAGUUAUCAAAACAAGAACCUGAUGAAUUCACUUUUGCUGCUCUAGUUGGAGCAACAAGUAAUCUCGCAAGUCUCCAACAUGGUCAGCAGUUCCAUAAUCAGCUCAUCAAAGUGGGUCUAGACUUCAAUCCAUUUGUCACAAGUGUGCUUGUCGAUAUGUAUGCUAAGUGUGGAAGCGUUGAAGAGGCUCGUAGAGCAUUUAGUUCUACACUUCAGAGAGAUGUCGUGUGUUGGAAUUCUAUGAUUUCAACAUAUGCACAUAAUGGAGAAGCUGAGAAGGCUCUUCAUGUUUUUAGAGAGAUGAUAAAUGAGGGAAUAACCCCUACCUAUAUCACAUUUGUGGGUGUUCUAACAGCAUGUGGCCAUGCAGGUUUAGUAGAAGAAGGCCUUCGUAACUUUGAAUUGAUGUCGAGUUUUGGAAUAGAACCAGGGACAGAGCACUAUGCUUCCGUGGUUUCCCUUUUUGGUCGAGCAGGUAAACUAUAUGAAGCAAGGGAGUUCAUUGAAAAAAUGCCUGUGAAGCCAGAAGCAGUGGUAUGGAGGAGCUUGCUCGGUGCAUGUAGGAUUGCUGGUAAUGUUGAGCUAGGAAAAUAUGCAGCAGAGAUGGCAAUAUCAGAUGAUCCACAGGACAGUGGGUCAUACAUCUUACUUUCAAAUAUUUUUGCUUCUAAAAGCAUGUGGGUGGAUGUCAAGAAGAUGAGAGAGAGAAUGGACCUCAACAGAGUAGUCAAAGAACCUGGUUGUAGUUGGAUUGAAGCCAAUAAUAAGGUUAAUGUGUUUAUUGCUAGGGAUAAAACUCACUGCGAGGCUGAUUUGAUUUACUCGCUUCUGGAUAAUUUGAUUAUGCAUAUGAAAGGGAUUGGUUAUAUACAUGAUACUAUUACCCUUCUGGUUAAUGAUUGAGGGAAAAAGGUGUGAGCAUUUGCUCCUGGAAAAAUUUGAGCACUAGCACUCUUGAGUCUUGACCUAUAAUCUGAUUAGACCUUGCAUCAUCAGCUGAGAAAGUGGAAACUUCUUCGGGCUACUCGAAGUGGAAAUUGAGAUUAUUACAGCUUUAGCAUCUGAAAUUUUUUACCCAACUGUCAGAUAGAAUAGAAGCUGCUUUGGCAGCCGGGCGCUUACUCCCUCUCUGUGCCAUGUGCAUUGUGACAGUCCUUAGUGAGAAGGAAAAGGUCCUCUGGGACAUGUUGGGCUAGGAUUUGGAGUAGUUUGAUGCAGUUGAAGUGGUGCUGCAGAACCAAACACCUUGCCAGUGAGAGGGGGAGGCAGCACAGCCAUUUCCAAACAAAAACUGAUCCGGGUUUUAUCAAACGACUCGAGCUUCUUAGGCAUGGUGACAAAAGGGGUAAGAUUAUAGGACAUAGGUGGCUUAUUGCAGCUACUUGAAUCGUUAAUCAGCAACGCAUAGAAGGGUAGCGUGAAGUGAUGAUAUGCUUUCUGAAUUGCGAGCAAGUAGAUCAAUGAGAUGGCCGUGAUAAAAUGGAAUGCCCUAUUUUGCCUAUUUUUUCUUGGUCUUAAUCCAGUGGGAUUAAGAAUUUAUUUGAAGUCAACUGAUGAGGAAUUUCAAUGUAAAAUUCUGGUUGGAGCCAGUUACGUAAUUUAUAUAUGUUGUUAUGGAACCAUGAGUAACAUAAUCAGAUUUGACCGAGAUUGUGGAGGUUCUGAAUGCA